AAAUAGCCCGCACCUUCCCCUUGCCCCGCAGAUAAUUCUUCACCCCCGACUGGACCUCCGGCGGCCACUUCAGCAAGGUGGAAUGGACGGCAGAGUGCCCGGCGCGGCCAGCAAUGGAGAGACAAAGCCCGUGUGUCCAGUUGUGGAAAAGGCGGAGGAAGCCGGCCCCUUGGAGCGGGGGCACUGGAACAACAAGAUGGAGUUCGUGCUGUCCGUGGCCGGGGAGAUCAUCGGCUUAGGCAACGUCUGGAGGUUUCCCUACCUCUGCUACAAAAACGGGGGAGGUGCCUUCUUCAUCCCCUACCUCAUCUUCCUCUUCACCUGUGGCAUUCCUGUCUUCCUUCUGGAGACAGCACUGGGCCAGUACACUAGCCAGGGAGGCGUCACGGCCUGGAGGAAGAUCUGCCCCAUCUUCGAGGGCAUCGGCUACGCCUCCCAGAUGAUUGUCACGCUCCUCAACUUCUACUACAUCGUCGUCCUGGCCUGGGCCCUCUUCUACCUCUUCAGCAGCUUCACCGCCGACCUGCCCUGGGGCAGCUGCCGCCACGAGUGGAACACAGAGCACUGCGUGGAGUUCCAGAAGACCAACGGCUCUCUGAACCUGACCUCCGAGAACGCCUCCUCCCCUGUCAUCGAGUUCUGGGAGCGGCGGGUCCUGAAGAUCUCGGACGGCAUCCAGCACCUGGGGGCCCUGCGCUGGGAGCUGGCCCUGUGCCUCCUGCUCGCCUGGGUCGUCUGCUACUUCUGCAUCUGGAAGGGGGUCAAGUCCACGGGCAAGGUGGUGUACUUCACGGCCACGUUCCCUUACCUCAUGCUGGUGGUCCUGCUAAUUCGAGGGGUGACGCUGCCCGGAGCCGCCCAGGGAAUUCAGUUCUACUUGUACCCAAACCUCACACGCCUGUGGGACCCCCAGGUGUGGAUGGAUGCGGGCACCCAGAUCUUCUUCUCGUUCGCCAUCUGCCUCGGCUGCCUCACGGCCCUGGGCAGCUACAACAAGUACCACAACAACUGCUACAGGGACUGCAUCGCCCUCUGCUUCCUCAACAGCGGCACCAGCUUCGUGGCUGGGUUCGCCAUCUUCUCCAUCCUGGGCUUCAUGUCCCAGGAGCAGGGGGUGCCCAUUGCUGAGGUGGCCGAGUCAGGCCCUGGCCUGGCCUUCAUUGCCUACCCCCGGGCUGUGGUGAUGCUGCCCUUCUCUCCUCUCUGGGCCUGCUGUUUCUUCUUCAUGGUCGUUCUCCUGGGGCUGGACAGCCAGUUCGUGUGCGUGGAGAGCCUGGUGACCGCGCUGGUGGACAUGUACCCCUGCGUGCUCCGCAAGAAGAACCGGAGGGAGACGCUCAUCCUCGGAGUGUCUGUCGUGUCCUUCCUGGUCGGGCUGCUCAUGCUCACGGAGGGCGGGAUGUACGUGUUCCAGCUCUUUGACUACUACGCGGCCAGCGGCAUGUGCCUCCUGUUUGUGGCCAUCUUUGAGUCCCUCUGUGUGGCUUGGGUUUACGGAGCCCGGCGCUUCUACGACAACAUCGAAGAUAUGAUCGGGUACAGGCCGUGGCCUCUCAUCAGAUACUGCUGGCUCUUCCUCACGCCAGCCGUGUGCACGGCCACCUUCCUCUUCUCCCUGAUCAAGUACACGCCGCUGACCUACAACAAGAAGUACACGUACCCCUGGUGGGGCGACGCCCUGGGCUGGCUGCUGGCUCUGUCCUCCAUGGUCUGCAUUCCCGCCUGGAGCGUCUACAAACUCGGCACCCUCAAGGGCCCCCUCCGAGAGAGACUGCGCCAGCUCGCGUGCCCAGCCGAGGACCUGCCCCAACGGCAGCACGCGAGACCCUCUGCUCCUUUCACCCCCAGGACCUCACUGCUCAGACUCACGGAACUCGAGUCUCACUGCUAG